UAUGAACCGAAUACCAAUAAAUAUAUUGUUAUUUUCCUUAUUCUUAGAGUUGUAAUUAACUAAAAUAAUUGUAAUCCAUUCAUUCAUCUCAUAAUUAUAUAUAUAAAAUGUAUAAUAGUCUUGUAAGUAAAUCAAUUCAUAUAUAUUAACAAGAUAGCGUCUAAGGGGUUUUACAAUCAUAGAUUCUGUUCCAGUAGUCAUAAAUAGAAACCUGUUAAGAUUGACUUUUCAUUUUAAGAGUCAAAACCAAUAAGUCCAAAGAUUCGAAAUAUAUAGCCUAAACAGAAUUGGCCUUCUGCAAAUCAGCCUAAAAUCAAACUCAACAAUUUCAAUGAAAGAGGGAAAUAGUUCUAUAUGGAAACUCCCAAGAUGAAUAAUGUGUCAAGAAGUCAUUCUGCACAUGGUUGUCGUCCAAAUACUAGUGAAUUUAGAGCCACAUAUAGCAGAUGGAUUUGUUCACCUUUGUAAUAGGCUUCGAAUACUGUGGAACCUAUGAAAGGAUUCUAUACAUUAAAAUAUAUAGGUGAACACAAUUAAUAGAUAGGAGUGUUAAGCAAGAAAGUAAGUAUGAAAGCAAGUCCCAAGAAAGACAGCAAAAGGAUUAGGAGCUACACUCCUUCUAUUGUAAUUAAUAAUUAAUAUGUUGUUAAUAAAUAUCUAAUAUCUCGGAAAUUAGGGGAACAUAAUUGA